AUGGCUACAUGUGUUGGCGGCAAUCUGAAUGUCAGUGGGGGUGGAAUGGACGUCCAUUCCAUUCAGGGCCGUAGUGGAUAUGAAAUACAACAUAUCCAAAUCAAAAGCGAUAAUUCCGCCGGGAAGGGGUUACAUUGUGGUGUCAAAGUCAAUGAGUUGAGGCAACGGAGCGGCGCAAAGCGGUGCAAGAUCAACAAAGUAAAUUAA